AUGAGGAUGUGCCUGCUGCCAAAACAACAGGAGCUGGCGUACGCCGAGCCGGCUCGCCUCGGCCAGAUGUUCAGCUGUGUCGGCCGGGGUGACCCCGUGAGCUUGUCCCGGGAUGACAUGGUGGGUCAACAUGAUCGUGGAGUGGAGAACCUGAGCGCCGAGGUCAGCCUCCUGGAGCUGAUCGGAGACCCCCCGCCAGAGGAGAUCCUCAAAAUUUAUGGCCCCGACAACAACCCUGGCUAUGUCUUUGGCCCCAAUGCCAACACGGGCCAAGUGGCCCGGUAUCACCUGCCGAGCCCUUUCUACCGGGACUUUUCCCUCCUGUUCCACAUCCAGCCCACCACCCCCCGGGCCGGUGUGCUCUUUGCCAUCACGGACUCCUCGCAGAGCAUCAUCUAUGUGGGCGUCAAACUGUCGGAGCUGCGGGCAGGCAGGCAGCAGAUCAUCUUCUACUACACAGAGCCAGGCUCGCCAAGCUCAUAUGCAGCAGCCACCUUCACUGUGCCCACCUUGCUCAACCAGUGGACGCGUUUUGCCAUCAGCGUGGAGGAGGACGAAGUCAUCCUCUACCUGGACUGCGAGGAGCACGAGCGGGUCCACUUCGAGCGCUCCCCGGAUGAGAUGGAGCUGGAAGACGGCUCCGGGCUCUUUGUUGCUCAAGCUGGAGGAGCUGACCCAGAUAAAUACCAGGGCGUGAUUGCCGAUUUGAAGCUGCAAGGGGACCCGCGGGCGGCCGAGCGCCAGUGCGAGGAAGAGGAGGAUGACGCCGAGGAGGUCUCUGGUGAUUUCGGCAGCGGGGCGGAAGGCGGACACCGACCCUCAGGGAAAGACAGGGGCUCCCCGCAGCAAGCCGAGAGGACCCGAGUGGAGGAGACACUGCGGGUCUCUGCGGGAGGCACCGGCCCCAAAGGUGAAAAGGGGGAGAAGGGUGAGCGUGGCUUGAAAGGGGACUCGGGGACCAGCAGCGUUGUGGGCACAGGCAGCGUGAAAGGCGAAAAGGGGGAGAAAGGAGAGCUGGGCGUUAAGGGCAGUGCUGGAUUUGGCUACCCUGGCACCAAGGGCCAGAAAGGGGAGCCGGGUGAGCCCGGUCCCCCCGGGACCCUCUCGCAGCACACCGAUGGACCCUCAUCCAAGCAUGACAAGCUGGUGGGUGCCCCCGGGGAGACAGGGACUUGGACCUUCAUCGACAUGGAGGGCUCCGGCUUUGGCAGUGACCUGGAGACCCUGCGGGGUCCACGAGGGCCGCCUGGUCCCCCAGGGCCACCCGGCGUGCCUGGUUUGCCAGGGGAGCCGGGAUUUUGGAACCGCACAGACCUGCCGGUACCACCUGGGCUGCCGGGCAGGGAUGGGACCCCCGGGCCCCCGGGGCCAGCGGGUCCUCAGGGUCCUCCUGGAAGAGACAGAGUGGCUGGGCAGCCGGGGCCCAAAGGAGAGCGGGGUGAUGUGGGCGACCUCGGCCUCCCUGGCGCGCCGGGACCCAAGGGUGACAUGGAGGGCUCGGGGCUGCCGUUCGGCACCAGCUCCCCCGGACCACCCGGACCCGAAGGACCACAGGGGGUGCCGGGACUGCCGGGGGUGAAGGGGGAGGUCGGCAGCCCUGGGCAGCCUGGCUUGCCAGGACCAAAGGGAGAUGCUGGCAUGCCCGGCGUGGAUGGCCGCCCUGGCCUGGAGGGCUUCCCCGGGCCACAGGGACCCAAAGGCGACCGAGGCAGCCCCGGCGAGAAGGGUGAGCGAGGCCAAGAUGGUGUGGGGCUGCCUGGCCCCCCUGGUCCACCCGGUCCCCCCGGACAGGUCAUCGCUGUCUCAAGUGAAGAUAAGUCUUUGGCGGCUUUGCCCGGUCCGGAGGGCAGACCAGGUCACGCCGGCUUCCCGGGCCCAGUGGGACCCAAAGGAGACCGAGGGUCGUCUGGUCCCCAGGGCUCCCCGGGGUUGAAGGGGGAGAAGGGGGAGCCUGGAGUCAUCAUCAGCCCUGAUGGGACCGUGGUGACUGCGAAGGUGAAAGGAGAAAAGGGGGAGCCGGGGCUGCGGGGACCGACGGGACCCUCGGGUCCCCAGGGAAGAGCAGGGAUGAAGGGAGAGAUCGGCUUUCCGGGCAGACCCGGACGUCCCGGCAUGAACGGGCUGAAGGGCGAGAAGGGUGACCCCGCCGAUGUCAGUGGUAUCCUGGGCUUGCGGGGUCCCCCAGGACCCCCGGGUCCCCCAGGGCCCCCUGGGCCACCUGGCAGCAUAGUCUACGACAGCAGCAAUGUUUCCACCAGUUUCCAGGUCAAAAGGGAGAGAAAGGGGAUGCCGGAGCCCCGGGACCCCCAGCGUGCCCUGCCGACCUACCAGGCGAUGCUGAGCGCCGCACACGAGCUGCCCGAGGGCGGGCUCGUCUUCCUCACCGACCGGCAAGAGCUCUACGUCCGCCUGCGCGGGGGCUUCCGGCGUGUGCUGCUGGAGGAGCACACCCUGAUGCCCAGCUCGGCUCUGGAGCUCGGGGCCAGACCCAAAUCCCCGCUGCUGGGGCCAUGGGGUCUUCUCCAGCCGAAACCCCAGCAUCCCACCCAAGCAAGGGACCAUCCCGUGGCGGUGCGGGGACUCCCCCAGAUGGCCUCCGUCCUCUCCAGGUAA